AUGUUAACAAGUUUCAUACACAUCUUUUUUCUAGAAAACAUUGAAGUGGAAGAAGAUCUAACAAGUUCAGAUCAUGAGAGGAAUGAGAUAACUGAAGCAAGAAACAAACACAGGAAAGUUCUCCAUGUAGCUGAUGGUGUGAAGGACGGUGAAGAAGGGCAAUGGAUCAAAGAGUAUGCUAACUGGUUUGCUCCAGGAAGUAGAAUCAUUUUAAUUACUCAAGACAAGAGUGUUCUUGAGGAGUCAGAAGUGAAUCAUGUGUACGAAGUCGGGUCUUUAAGAUAUGAUGAAGCACUUCAACUCUUCUCACGCUUUGCUUUCAGGCAGCCAUACCCUCCUCCUGAGUUCGAACGCCUCUCAGUUCGUGCGGUUCAGCUCGCAGGGUUUCUUCCAAUGGCCAUUAGACUGUUUGGGUCUUUUUUAACUGGUAGAGGUAAAGAGGAAUGGGAAGCUACAUUUCUUAAACUCAGUGCAAAGCAAAGCAAAGAUAAAACCACAAUGGAACACAGGUUUCAGUGUAAACUAGAGGUGCUAGAUUUGUAA